AUGGUUAUAGUUGAUUCCUUUGGUUGUUUCUACAUGAAAUGGUUGGAAAAUCUCAAAUUAUGGUACGCAUGGCGAAUUCGCCGUUUUUUCCGAAUGAGAAACCAGACAAUAGCUCCUAUCCAGUGGGAUGAGCCUUUGCUGAAAGCAUUACCUGAUAGGACUCUUGGUGGUAGAUUAGACAGAAGAGAGAUUCAAAAAUUUGAUUCUAUUGUGCGCGAGGUCAAGACAAUUUCUAUGUUGACUAAGUACUUCCCCUCGAAGAUAACAGAUGAGGAUUGGCAAAUCUUGCUUGAGUGCCAAACAAGGAAGCAGAGAUUCGACCACAUAAAGUUUCUUCGAAGUCGAGAGCUGGAGAAAGUCAAAGAUCUGGAGAAGAAACGGGCAAAAGAGAAACUUCUUGAGAAACUUAAAAGACCUAGAGCGGUUUCGAACAACCAUCCUCCUCCCUUAUACUAUCCUGCUACAAAAUUGGUGAAGGAUCAACGUCGUCAUCAAUGGCACAAGGUGGCCAUCGCCCACCUGUGUAACGCUCCUCGUAUAGUAAUAGACUGUCGCUUCCUACCUUUGCUCUCACCUCGAGGUGCAGAACUGACUGCGGUGCAGCUGAACUACCUCAUUAGCGAGAAUCGUGAUAGCAAAACACCAUGGCAAGUGUACUUUGCGAACUUUGAUCUUUCAUCGAAACGAGUUCGGCGUCUGCAGCAGAAACAUCUAUCAGUCAUCGACUCUUCGGCAACAUGUAGUCCUGCAAUUCUUUCUGCCAGUUAUACUGAAGCAUUUCCUCGUGAGCGAAUAGUAUAUCUUAGCCCUGACGCUGAGGAAGAGCUUUUGACAGUCGAUGACGACGAAACUUAUGUCCUGGGUGGUAUUGUCGACCGUGUAGUUGAACGAGGAGUUCCGCAUCAUGCCUCUCUGGAAACAGCAACAGCGGAUGGAGUUAGCUGCAAGAAACUACCACUCGAUAAAUACGUGAAAUGGAGAAGCGGAACCAAAUAUCUGACUUUGACUGCGGUCUGCGCUAUCCUUCGAGAUGUGAACAACUCGGGUGGCGAUUGGGAGUCCGCUCUGACAAAACACAUUCCAGUACGCAACGUUAAAUCAACCGAAGAAAAAUCUAUGGCAGGACGUAUGUUGUAUGAGAAAAUUCGCCAAUUCGAUCGCCAGGUUUUGCAAAUUCUGGACCGCGAAUUGGGUGAAGAACUCCGCUAACUUAUUCAAGCUUGUCAUGCGCCACCUACGAGCUACUGUUUCCAUGAACCUUUAUCAAACGGCCUCUUCCACACGAGGAAAAAGACUGAACUAAUUUCCAACACACGCUGACUUGUAUCGGUCAAAUUGUGACGAUGCUACGGAUACAAACUCGCACUUACGUUCGCUUAUUGUAGUUUGAUAAAUGUCUCAUUCAUUCCAAAUCACACAUUAGGC